AUGGAGAGGGUACAGUUCCAACAAGAGCAGAUGCUCACUGAGCUGAAAGACCUCGUCAGAAAAGGUCUAUUCACACAAAAAGAGAUCAAGCAGAUUAUGCAGAAGCGUACCUCAUUCGAAACUACCCUCGUCAGGCGUAUACCGAAGAAGGGCGACUUCCUCCGCUACAUAGCGUAUGAGAUGGGCUUGGAAGCUCUCCGCAGGAAACGCGCUGCUCGACUAUUCGACGGUCCGCAACCACAGUCGGUGUCAGACUAUGCACUUGUCCGGAGACAGUUUCACGUAUUUGAGCGAGCCCUCAAGAAGUUCAAAGGCGACGUCGGCCUCUGGAUACAGUACAUACAAGUGGCGAAGAAGGAAGGAGCAAAGACACUGGUUGGGCGGAUCACAGCGCGCGCGAUGCAACUACAUCCGAAUCGGGGCAUCCGACUCAACCCGGAGAGCACGGAGAUGUGGCGAGAGUACGUGAAGAUGGAGUUGGGUUUCGUGGAGAGCCUGCGAAGGCGGUGGGGAGUUCUGGGGAUCGACGUGGAGGAUACCAAGGGCAAGGGCAAGCAACGAGCGCGGGAAGCGGAUGAAGACGAAGAGAUGGAGGUGGAGAAGAUACAGGUGGACGCGGAAGACGAGGGCGACGAGGCGAGGCUGCGCGUAGGCAGAUCAUGCAGGGUGCCAUCGUCAACUUUGCCAAAGAUCGAGCUCUUCAUUUCUUUGCAGGACUUGCUGGCGACGUAUCCAUGCCCCGCUUCGCUGCGAGAUACGCUUUUGGAUCACCUCUUCACUUUGUUGCAUGAAACGCUACCCGCAGAUCCUGCCGCCAUAAGGCUAUUCGCGACGAGACGUCUCUUGCCUGACCUCGAGGGCGAAGCAUUGGUGGAUACGCUAAAGGACGCAAAUGAGCGGCUUUCCAGUGCUGUGCGAGAUCAAAAUGCAGCAGACGAGCGGCUCGCAUCGGCAUAUGCGAGCUUCGUGCGGGACUGGUGUCAGAAGGACAUCGAUGACAGCCUGAAAGGGUACCUCAUCACAUCGCUACAGCUCCUGGCACAAAGGAAAUCGGCCACCCCUUCGCCCGCACUUCUGGCGGAAACAAUAACCCUGCUCACGGCAUAUCAAGACAGCCUCCACGAGUAUCUCCCGCCUACAAGCAACACGCCUGAACGAGUCCUUCGGUUAGCUCGAAAGUUCACCGGUAAGGACAACACAAAGCACUCGGCGCAAGUAUGGCUUGCGCGCCUCGAUGCGGAGAAACAAUUCGCGACAGGCGAAGAUGCGAAACGUGCGUGGGACGAGGCCCGGGGAGUCGUCGUGGGCACAGGGACAGACACCGUAUGGCUCUGGGGGCUAGAUCCCGAGCCAGACUGGGAAACCUCAAACGGGCGCGGGACCGGCAGUAUGGAGACGGAGGUGGGAGAGCGUGUUCGGCUGCUUGAGCGGCUUCUGGGAGAAGGCCACCGCAUGCAGGACGCGACGGCGUGGUCUGCGGUGCAGGAAACGCUACUGAUGCGGUACGCGAAGGCAACUGACAUCGAGCUCAAGAUCAGACUCAGGCUCGAGACGGUCGAGGAAGGCGAGGUACCGCCGGCUGGAAUUCGCAAGAGAAAGCGGGCACGCGGGGAUACCGGGUCAGACGCACGAUCACCAUCGAUGGCAUAUGUGGACGCGCGGGCGGCCCGCGUGCGCCACGUCGGGGCAGCGUAUUUGAUGACAGCGCGCGUGUGGCGGGAGGUCUUCGCGCAGGAGGAGGCGGCUUCGGAGGAGGUGCCCGCGUGCUCAGGACGCGUCCUCGAGACGAUCUUCGAACAGUGGCGGCGCAAGGACGGCGUUCACGCGACCGUCGCCUGGGCGCGGUGGCUGCUCGCACAUGGGAAGGCGAAGGCGGCGACUGACAUUGUCAUGCGUGCGCGAAGCUCGCUCUCAGACGUCGAGAGAAUAGAGCUCGAGCACCUCUGGAAGAAAGAAGUGGAUGAGGACGUCGAGGCCACAUCCAGAGACGAUCUCGAGAUGGACCCCCGGGUAUCCCUGUAA